AUGAUUCCUUACACUCAAGAACAAAGCUCCCUGCUGCCGCCAUGUCAUGAUCUUGCUCCAAGGUUUGAUCCUAACACCAUCCCUCCCAUCUCUAUCCUCCAAGAUAUGCCCAACAGUGAGGAUAACCUGGAUGAGGCCAAUAUUCAAGCCAUCUACCCACCAUAUCCGCUGGUGCAUAGGCCACCAAUCAAACCCGCUGUUCUGCCAAUCAAACUGGCCAUUCUCAUCCCUCUACCCCCUACUCCUGCUCCAGCCCCUGUCCGUUGCACAGGCCACUCAGAUUGA